CUGUUCCCGCGAAAGGUCAAGAUCAUCGAGUGAACAGGAAGUGAUGGACCGUAGGCGUGAUCUUGUCAUGUAAACAAUAACUUUCAGUAGUGUCACAUGUUGGCACCGCCAUAACCCUUUUCUGAAUGUGUACACAGCCGAUUGUAGAUCUAUUUCCAGUACUUGAUAUGGAGAUAUGACCGUGGAAUACUGAGGUGACAGUUCCAAUAUGUGGUACCUGGUAGCUGCCGAUAACCCAGAUCUGAAGUAUGUGUUGCUGGUUGGCCGUGAGCACACAGUGGGGCGUAAAGACUGUGAUAUUCUCCUGACAACUGAUCCCACCGUCAGCAGAAAACAUUCAGUGCUGCAGCUGACCCAUGCAGAGUCAAAUCUGAGCCACCCCCAGAAGUCUGCCCUGGUCACCCUGAAGGACGUGUCAAAGUUCGGGACGUGGGUGAACAAGAAGCGGAUAUCGGGAGAAGUUCCGAUCAAGGAUGGAGAUGAGGUGGCAUUUGGCUCUCCCAAGUCAGUCUUCCUUGUUGUCAACGAGCCCUUCAUCAUCACAACCUCCUGCCUGGACGUAGCUUCGAAGAAAUCCGCUAAAGCAGUAGUACGAACUUUUGGCGGCCAUGUUGUGAGCGAAUGGACGAAAAACUGUUCGCUGCUGGUGAUGAACAGUAUUAGCGUCACCAUAAAGGUGAUUUGUGCAAUGAUUACCCAGAAGUCCAUAGUGCUCCCGUCAUAUUUGGAAAAUCUUUUGGAACAUCUCAAAGGAGAAGUCGAGAAGCCUGACCCAGAAGUGUAUCUGCCGACAGUGUCUGAGACCCAAGUCAACCCAGAAGAGGUGUCCUUUAAACCCAACCCAAACAGGGCCUCAGUGUUUGAAGGGAUGAAGUUCAUAUUUCUAAGUCAAAGACAGUUCAAGAAGAUGAACCUAGCGGUGGAGUUGGCGGGCGGAAUGCCGAUACUGAUGGAGGAGGGAAGUGACGACAAUGAUGACCGAGUACUGGUUGAGAGUGGAACUGUUGUCAUGAACUGUGGCGCUGAAGACCUGAAGACUCUGACGCCGGCGGGGCAGGAGUGGGUUGCCCAUGUCAACAAGUACCUCAAGCGAAAGAAGAAGAAUGUGAUCCAGGAUGCAGAGAUCGGAUAUGCUGUACUGUACUGUUCCACAGACAAGCACUGUAACCCUGAUAUAGAUAAAGCCCAGCAGCUGUUUCAGAAUCUCCCAUCACAGUCACUGUCUCAGUGUGUAGCAGAACAAACAAUGCCAGAUGUCCUGGCGGCCAACACAGAAGUCUCACCAGGGAGAAGACGAGGUAAGGCAGGAGAACUUGCUGCUGGCAAAUCUGUGGUUGAUGAGAGCGUCUUACAUGCACAGGCUGUGAAGGUGAAGCGAGAGGAAGACGGCCAUACUGCAGCCACACCCACCAAGAGAAAGAGGACAGAGGAGGCGAAGGAGGAAACACAGACAGAAGCACGUGAAUCUAAGAGAAUCAAACAGGAAGUGGUGACACCUGCAAAGUCUCAGACCCAAGGAAGGUCAAGGUUAGAAGUGUCUCCAAAGCCAGACCCAGAUGUCCAGGUAACCAGGCAACCAAAGCAGAACCCUUCCCCCGAACCGAAACAGGAAUCAGUCGCAAAGGGCCGAGGAAGGAGGAGCCCAUCACCGGCUGCUGUGAAGACUGCACCAAGAGCAAGAAGCCGCUCUCCAUCCCCUUCUCCGAGUCGAAGGUCAGCUAGAGGGAAGAAUGUAUCCCCUGCAAGGGAGGUAAUCAAAGAUGAGGACAUGUUGCCAUCGAAUCCUAUUUCUGGUAAAGGAAGAAAGUCUGUAUCUCCCAAGCCUGCAAAAUCCCAGAGAGUGAAAGAUGAACUGUUUGAAGAACUUGAUGAUGAUUUUGAUAUGAGUGUUAAGACGCCAACUGGGAGUCGGAUUUCGGGGAGAAAAUCACAACAUUCUCAUGUUUUGAAUGAUGAAGAUGUUGAAGUUCAGUCAGGUUCAAGUAAGACAUUCAAAAAGGUUAAGAAAGAACAAGAAAGUGAAGUGUCAAAAGUCAUGCCUAAAACCUCUCCACCUUCUAAAGCCAAUAAACGUGUCCUGCUUGAUGACAGUGAUGAAGAUGACCUUGGUCUGUGGCAAGGCAGGAGGCAAGGUCAGAAGCAGACGUCAAGGGGAGAUGACUCCGAUGACUUGAUGGAUAUUUUGUCUUCAAAACAUAAGAAACACAAAGCAAAUACAAGUGGAACAAGAGUCAGUGAUGAAGACAAUUUGUUUGAUGAUAUUCCAUCUUCAAGAACAAAUGCAGCCCAGUCUGAAGCAGCCAGACAAGGGAAGGUGGCCAAACAUGAUGGUUGGGGGGCCAGACAGAAGUCACCCUCCCCAAGUCCCACCAGACGUGUCAAAAGGGAUGUCAAAGAAGAUAGCGAGGAGGAAACGAUAACAGAACAGACCCGGGUCAAGACGGUGUCCAGGAGGCAGAACAGAGAUGCCAGGUCCAGAGUGGAUGUGCUGGAAGUGCCAGAGGAAGAGCCAGUCACAGCUGCGGAGGCCAGAGACAGUACCAGGAAUGGAGGUAACCAUGACAACAGGACAGUCCCUACAGGGUUCCUGACGACCAGGCUGCCCAUCAAGGAGCAGACAGUGAAAAGAGAUGAUUUCAUCAAAGAGGAAGAUAUCCCCACUGCUGUCAUGGUUACACAGUUUGUUAAUCUGGUUACCAGGCAUCCUAAACCCCCGGCCAAGAAGUCAGGGAAGAAAGAUAUUCCUGAUGGAUAUGCUGAAUGGAAUGGCAAACUUGUGAAGAACUUCAAGAGGUUUAGGAAGUCCAGCCAUGCAGGAGCCAACUUUCUUCCUCGUAUCAUCGGCGGCAGCGACCUCGUAGAACACAUGGGAAGUCAGCGCCGUGAGAUGGAUGACUGGUUCCGAGAUGCAAGACAGGCCGAGAGUCAGGAGAAUGAACGUGAACGAGAAGCUGAAGACCUAUUUAAUUGGGAACCCACCAGUCGCAACAAGAGGUCAAGGUAGCUGGCGAACAACGUUGUGUAUAUAUAUAUAUAUAUGCAUAUUCAAUAAAUGAUGUUCCCUUCA